AUGCCGCCGAAAAGGAGAGGACCUCUACAAACCGUGCAAAGAGAUACAGAUGACAUCAAGAAAAAGAUCGAUGCUUUGUCUAGCGGCAUCGAUGGCCUGAAUGAAGCCGAACGUAGGGAAGCAUCGUUAAGGUGCUCUGAACUGCAAAAUGCUGUGGAACAGAGGAAGAGGACUCUACAGAAGUUGACAAAAGCAGAUGAGCCGGCACCAGUGGCGAACUAUAACCAGCGGAAACAGGAUGAAGAGGAGCGUCUGCUCAGAUUACAGGAGCACCUACAUACUCUAGCUCUGAAACUACAGCCCAUCGAGAGCAAAAAUGAAUCAGAAGCAGGCCAAAGCUCCAUUCAGGAGGAUGAGGAAAGUGGAGAGGAAGAAAGUGAGGAAAAUGAGGAGAGUGCUGACAGUGACAACGUUGAUGAUGAUGACGAUGAGGAGGAGGAGGAUGAGGAGGGUGACAAUGAUGAUGAAGAUAUUGAUACAGAAAGAAAAACAGCUGCUGUCUACAUUGCCUUAAGUACUUUUAAAGGAGAGCAAGAGGGAGACCUUUCAAUGCAGAAGGGGGAGGUUUUGACUAUUCUCAAGAAGAAUAUGGAUGGCUGGUGGUUAGGACAAGACUCCAAAGGGAACCAAGGUUUGGUUCCAAGAACUUUCCUCAAGGAGUACUCUGGAGAAGAGAAAGAAGAAGAGAGUGAGGUUGAAGAGAAUAGUGCAGACGAAGAGGAAGAGGAACCUAAAGCCAAACAGAGUGCUUCCUCUAACUGGGACACUGUGAGAAGAGCCAUCACUGAGAUUGAUGCCACUGAUGUUCUGUCUGCUAUGGGAGCCAUCCCUCCAGGAUUCAGGCCAUCUACUUUGUCUAAACUCUUGGAUGAAGGAAUUACACACAGAGGAAGUCACUACACACAGCCUGAGCUCAGCCAAUCACAGCUCUCUUUUAACGACCUCUUCCUCGACCCAGACUCUGGCAAGGUUCGUUUGCGACAGUCAAGAGUCUGUCUGACUUUGACCCUGUGGAGCUGCCGAAUGAUCCCACCCCCAGGGGUGGGGUUACAGGUUCUCAGCAGACAUAUACGUUUCUGUGCCUUCAAUGGGACUGAGGUUCUGAGUAACGUCCACACUGUCCGGGCCACUUACAACCCUAAGAGUCCAAAGACCUGGAGAUUUUCACCAAGGAUGAGUGGUGUGCUGCCCAGUCUGUUGGAUGGAGAUUGUUUCCUGCGCUGUCACUCACCCUCCCCUAACCUUGGCAUUCUCUUUGAGCUGGGAGUCACUUACAUUAGAAAUUCUACAGGAGAGAGAGGAGAUUUAAGCUGUGGCUGGGCUUUUCUCAAACUGUUUGACAAAAAUGGAACCCCUAUCCCUCUUCGGACACAGGAGCUUACUGUGCAUGGCGGAACUCCAUAUGAGAGAGAUGUAGAGAUGGACACUACCUCAACUAAAAGAGCUUCUGCCACACCCACUGGAGUGCUUCAGCAGAUGUUGAUGGCAAGAAAACUACCCAAGCUCCUGGUCAAACUGAAAUCUCCCAGCACCAGGAUUAGGACACUACUUAAUUUACUACCAGACACUAUCGUGGGAAGCCUGUCAUGUGUACCUCUGCUGGCUCUGUACAGACAGUUACUCGCUGACACACUUCUGCUGAACCGAGUGACCAUGCAGAAUGCUGAUCUCCUCUGCAGCUCAGUUCUCGCCACAUUUCCCCAAGUCCUUGAUCAGCCAGACCUGAUGGAUGCUCUGAGGCUUGCGUGGAUGAAGGCUGAGAGCAUGCUGAAGAGGCAUGAGAAGAAUGACAUUGCUGUGUUGAAGCGCGAGUUUGAGAAUGUGUAUAUGAGUAGUGUGUACCCCUUGCUGUUCAUGACGGAGAUGCCCCGCCCACAAUGGGCAGAUGAGGGGGUGGAAACUCAACGUGCCCGUGUCAUCUACAACCCCGCCCUGCAGAAUCCCAUGGCAACUAUGCUGUCGUCUGAACAUACGCACCAAGCUUUUGACAUCACGCAGGUCACGUAUGACCUUAUCAGUUCGGCCCGACAUUGA